AUGUAUACGCACGCUAUUUUCGCAAAAUUUCCCGAAAAAGUCAAGCCUGAGGAGAAGAAAAUCAAGCUCGAUCAAGAAUUGUUGCGGGCACAAUGUGAUGGAUUUCAAGAAACGCUUCGACAAGCAGGCAUCGCUAUUAUGGAGUUGCCAGAGGAAAGCAAUCAGUGCUGCAGUCUUUUCGUUAACGAUCUAGCGGUUGUGAUUGGGCAAACGGCGUUGAUUUGCCGGACAACAAAACUUAAAGAAGUGCCGGAUUCGCUACGGAGAAUGCUGAAACAGCUCGUUUGGCGAGUGCUUGAAUGUCCCCAAAAGACGGACAAGGGUACAAAAGUUUACUUGGAAGCAUCAGAUGUGCUCUACACGGGCAAGGAAAUCUUCGUGGCAACGAGAAAGAAUGGAACAAACGUCGAAGGAGCUAUGAUCCUAGCCCGCGCCUUCCCGUCACUUCCAGUUGUGAUCGUCCCCCUUGGCAAUUCUCCACCACUUCGAUUUUUCCUAUCAAUGGCCCUUCCUGAGAAAGUGAUCGCCGUCGGAAACAGCAAAGAGGCGCAAAACGUUUUAAAGCUGGUCGAAAGAGAAGCCACUUUUCGUUACAAAACGAUAACAACGGCUGAAGACACAGCAUCAGCUUGUCUGAAUGUGAAUGGAAGAGUCGUGGUCCGACAGGAUCGGCCAGAAGCGAAAUACUCGAGUCUCAAAGAUGAAGGCCUCGAAUUGUGGGCUCUCGACGUGUCCGAGUUAAGCAAAUUGGGCCAUCCAUUCACACGUUUCUGCCUUCUCGUCACAUUUGAACCAAAAUCUGAU